AUGAUUGCCCUGUGGCUUGACGAGGAGUGGUGCCCCCAGGGGGUGCACCAGGACCUGGGCCGCGCGGCCGGCGACGCCUACGCCCGCAUCCGCGCCGGCGGGGAGGACGAGAUGGGCGGCCUGCUGUUGGCCCUCAGCAACGAGCUUAUGGGCUUCAAUUACCGGGAGUGCUUUGUUGGCCCCUUUGACGUCUCAAACAAGGUGGUGAAGAUGCUGAUGCAGCGCGAGGGCACCGAUGUUUGCUGCACGUCAGAUUCGGAUGCGACGCGGGCCGCGCGGUUCGAGGCGGGCUCGGACCGCCAGGCGUGA